CCGGUCUCGGAUGUCGACGACCCUUGGCAAGAAUAAUAUCAUCUCGGGAUCUUGUCAAAAGAGCUCCCGCGCUUGAAUUCCUCUUCUAUUCCUCAAGGACUCUGAGAAACACCGUCAAAGCCAAGACUGGGAUCACAAUCAGACACCCCCGCACUCACUAACUAGCGGUCUCCAGCGGCCCGCCCCAAAAUCCCACCGAUUCCCUGCAGCUCCAGAAGCCGCAUCCACUCCCUGCCUUGAGCCGAGGACAGUAAAUAUUCGGCGCAUAAGAAUCAAGGCCAAUUCACUUCUCGGAACGAACUUCAGUGAGAAGAAGCGAGGGGCAAAGACCGAAUCCAGACCGAGACGACCACUACACCAUGGCACUGAACCUUAGAGCCGGACGGCGCGCUGUCAGCGGAGCCUUGCGUCCCGUCGUGGCAGCGCCCACCAGCCGUGCCUCCCCCCGCCGGGCAUACGCCACCGCCGAGCCGGAUCUCAAGGCGACCCUGAAGGAGGUGAUCCCCGCCAAGCGCGAGCUCCUCAAGAAGGUCAAGGCGCACGGCUCCAAGGUCAUCGGCGAGCUCAAGGUCGAGAACACCAUCGGCGGCAUGCGCGGCCUCAAGGCCAUGGUCUGGGAGGGCUCCGUGCUCGACGCCAACGAGGGCAUCCGCUUCCACGGCCGCACUAUCAAGGACUGCCAGAAGGAGCUGCCCAAGGGCACCACCGGCACCGAGAUGCUUCCCGAGGCCAUGUUCUGGCUGCUGCUGACCGGCAAGGUGCCGUCCGUCGCCCAGGUCCGCCAGCUGUCGCGCGAGCUCGCCGCGCAGGGUCAGCUGCCCGAGCUGGUCAACAAGAUGCUCGACGACUUCCCGCGCGACAUGCACCCCAUGACCCAGUUCGCCAUCGCCGUCGCCGCCCUCAACUACACCUCCAAGUUCGCCAAGGCCUACGAGGCGGGGCUCAGCAAGGCCGACUACUGGGAGCCCACCUUCGACGACUGCAUCUCCCUGCUCGCCAAGCUGCCCACCAUCGCCGCCAAGAUCUACCACAACACCUACCGCGGCGGCGGCCCCCUGCCCGGCGAGAUCGACCCGGAGCAGGACUGGGCCUACAACUUUGCCGCCAUGCUCGGUAAGGGCGGGAAGGAGAACGAGAGCUUCCAGGACCUGCUGCGCUUGUACCUCGCCCUGCACGGCGACCACGAGGGCGGCAACGCCUCGGCGCACACCACCCAUCUCGUCGGCAGCACCCUGAGCGACCCCUUCCUCAGCUACAGCGCCGGCCUGCAGGCUCUGGCCGGGCCCCUGCACGGCCUCGCCGCGCAAGAGAACCUCCGGUGGAUCCUGCAGAUGAAGGAGGCCAUCCCGGAGUCGUACACGGACGAGGACGUGCGCGGGUACAUCUGGGCGACGCUCAACGCGGGGCGGGUCGUGCCGGGGUACGGGCACGCGGUGCUGCGCAAGCCGGACCCGCGCUUCGAGGCGCUGAUGGACUUCGCGGCGGCGCGGCCCGAGAUCGCGCGCGACCCCGUCUUCCGCCUGGUGCAGGCCAACAGCCGCGUCGCGCCCGACGUGCUGCGCCAGCACGGCAAGACCAAGAACCCCUACCCCAACGUCGACUCCUCCUCCGGCGUGCUCUUCCACCACUACGGCUUCCGCGAGACCCUCUACUACACCGCCACCUUCGGCGUCUCCCGCGGCCUCGGCCCCCUCGCCCAGCUCAUCUGGGACCGCGCCCUCGGCCUGCCCAUCGAGCGCCCCAAGAGCAUCAACCUCGAGGGCAUCCUCAAGCAGGUCGAGGCGCAGUAACGGGGACUUUUUGUUUUUGAUGGUGAACCAGUGUGCUGUUGAUGUUGUUGUGGUUGUUGUUCUUGUAACGAUGUUUGAUGUGCUGUAUAGCGUCUACACGAAGGAUUUCAAAUUUUGCUAUGUGCGA